ACGGACAGGCUCUCGCUGCACCAGGAAGUUCCGUUGGCGAAGCAAUGGCGCCGUCCGUGGAGUCGCGUUUCUGAAGGAGACCGGUUAUGAUGAAGCUUGACAUAAAAUUGCAAUACCUGAGUGUUUAAGGACCGCGAUGCGUCGGCCAUGAGGUGCGCUCGCUCUCUGGUGCGGAUACAGAGUCUGCGGGCGCUGCCAGGGGCGGUCGGAGGCACCGUGCAGCCUGCGGCGCCGCGCAACGCGCCCCCGCGCAACGCGCCCCAUGCGCGCUCACUGACAGUGCGCGGGCCUUGCGGCCAGGCGCUAAGGAGCCUCCACACUGGCUGUGUGCUUCUCAAGAACAGACCUGUUGCUACGGACUACCAGGAGAAGUCUGAGCGUGAGGGCGGGGCCGGGAAGUCUCUGGUCACCUAUGAUGAUCUGUUUGAGCGGGCUGCCCUGGAGGCCAAGACCAAAGCCACCUUCAACCAGGUGCUGGACGUCUUCGUCAAGCGAGACAUCAGACGGCGCGGUCACGUAGAGUUCAUCUACGCCGCCCUGAGGAAGAUGCCUGAGUUCGGUGUGGAGCGCGACCUCGAGGUGUACAACAAGCUGUUGGACGUCUUCCCCAAGGAGAUCUUUGUGCCGCGCAACUUCAUCCAGCGCAUGUUCAACCACUACCCCCGGCAGCAAGAGUGCGGGGUGCAGGUGCUGGAGCAGAUGGAGAACUACGGAAUCAUGCCCAACGUGCAGACUAAAGUCCUGCUGGUGCAGAUCUUUGGGGAGAAGAGCCACCCUGUGCGGAAGUACCAGCGCCUACUGUACUGGUUUCCCCGGUUCAAGCACGCGAACCCCUUCCCCGUCCCCCACCAGCUGCCCGAGGACCCCGUGGACCUGGCCCGUUUCAGCCUGAGUCGCAUCGCAAAUGACCUGGACGCCAGGGUCACCGUGUAUCAGUUGCCCUACACAGACGUGCGUGAGACAGGGGAGGAGGUGACGCAGCCCUAUGUUGUAGGGAUACAGAGUCCUGACCAGCGCCACCUGCUGGCCAAACAUAACCCCAGCAGGCCCGUCUUCGUGGAAGGCCCUUUCCCUCUGUGGCUGAGAAAGACGUGCGUGUAUUACUACGUGCUCCGGGCCGACCCCCUUCCCCCAGAGGAGAAGGUGGAGGAGCCCGUGGAUCCGGAGCGGUGCUUUUAUUACCCGCUGCAGCUGGAGCUGGACCUGGAGCGAGACCUGGGUGACAACGACAGCUUCGACGUGGACGAAGUGGACGAGGGCCUGGUGUUUGCUAUGUGUAUGGCCGGCCAGGGGGACCAGGCCACCCUGGCGAAGUGGAUCUCAGGCCUGCAGGAGACGAACCCGAUCCUGGGCCGUACCGCCACGGUGUUCCGGCUGGAGUCGGGGGUGCGAGAGCUUCAGAGCACUGCGGAGCCCGAACCAGAAACCGGUCCCAGCGAGGAGGAGGAAGUGCUUCAGAGUCGCGGAAUGAAGCAGUGAAGCCCCGCGGCCCUCACAUGCACGUCUGCUUACAUGAUAUUUCUGCUAAAAACCGGAGGAAGGAGAACGCCAGCACCUGCAGGGUAUGUGAGCAGGAUCUUCCCACGCUGAGGACGUCCACUGCGGGGCGUUACGCAGUGCAGCGCAGCUCCACCCCGGGGCGUUACGCAGCGCAGCGCAGCUCCACCCCGGGGCGUUACGCAGCGCAGUGCAGCGCAGCUCCACCCCGGGGCGUUACGCAGCGCAGUGCAGCUCCACCCCGGGGCGUUACGCAGCGCAGCGCAGCUCCACCCCGGGGCGUUACGCAGCGCAGUGCAGCGCAGCUCCACCCCGGGGCGUUACGCAGCGCAGUGCAGCUCCACCCCGGGGCGUUACGCAGCGCAGCGCAGCUCCACCCCGGGGCGUUACGCAGUGCACCGAUGGUGAACAUUCAGCUGCCCCUGAGUGCAUAGAGCAGUACGCAGGUGAACCAGUAACCAACCAUUACUUUGCUAUAUGAUAAUGGAGAGUAAUUAAAAUCAGUGGUGUAGACUGUCACACCUGGAAGCAGAAGCUGUAGGUGUUGGUGUGAGGAAUGAGGAGCUGAAAUAGGAUCUACGCAGAUGUGCAGGAGGUGAAGGGCUUUCAGCUGCUCACCUGCCCCACCAGGAGCGACCU